ACCAAACCAAACCAGCAGUUACCACUGGCCAACAUCCCAUGAUCCAUUGAUUCAUGCAAUCUUCAUUUCAUUAUUGGGAGUCUCCCACCAAUGUUUGAACUCACUUUGAAGGCCUCAACUUCCAAGUCUCUCACUUGAACUCUGAAAGCCCAACACCUGGUGGUGGUGGUGGUGGUGGCGGUGGCGGUGGCGGUGGCGGUGGCCUUGGCCGUGGCUAUAGCUGAGAGAGAAAGAAUGGUGGGCCCACAACGACCACUUUUUGUGCUUUUCGGCUCUUCUAUCGUUCAGUUCAGCUACAGCGAAGAUGGCUGGGGCGCUAUGCUCGCUGACAUCUAUGCUCGUAAAGCAGACAUAUUGUUGCGAGGAUAUAGUGGUUGGACUUCAAGGCGUGCUCUUCAAGUUGUCGACCAAGUUUUUCCAAAGGAUGCUGCUAUACAACCUUCAUUGGUGAUAGUUUACUUUGGGGGCAAUGAUUCAAUGGGGCCUCACUCAUCUGGCUUGGGACCCCAUGUACCACUCCCAGAAUAUACUGAAAACAUGAGAAGGAUUGCAAUUCAUCUCAAGAGCCUUUCAGAGAACACACGCAUUAUUUUUCUUUCUUGUCCUCCUGUCAAUGAGAAGAUUAUCAGCGAAAGAGCUUCAAGUGGUAUAUUUAGCCAUUUGGAUCGAACAAAUGAAGCUUGCCGAAGGUACUCAGAAGCUUGUUUAGAGAUUUGUAGGGAAAUGGAUUUGAAGGCUAUUGAUCUUUGGACUGCAAUUCAAAAAAAGGAUGAUUGGUUGACUGCUUGCUUCACGUAAGUUUCUUGGCUUUAUAACUAGAUUCUAUG